GAAAAGGGAACUGGGCGUAGGGCGGGAGGAAGUGCCGCCGCCGACUGCGGAAAACGCGUGGCCUCUCCGUAUCCCCCGUCACUUCUCUUCCUUCCUGCCGGGUUGGGCCAUGCUGGGGCUGUGGCUGCGUCUGCUAGCACUGCUGGGAGGCGCGCUGGCCCCGAGCGGCGCCUUCAACCUGGACGUGGAGCGCCCGGCUGUGUACUCGGGCCCGCAGGGCAGCUACUUCGGCUUCGCCGUGGACUUCUUCGCUCCCGACCCGUCCUCGGUAUUUCUUCUGGUGGGAGCUCCAAAAGCAAACACUACCCAGCACAACAUUGUAGAAGGAGGCCAGGUGCUGAAAUGUAACUGGAAUUCCAACAGAAACUGCCAGCCAAUUGUAUUUGACUCUACAGGUAACAGAGAUUUUGCUCCUGAUGAUCCACUAGAAUUUAAAUCUCAUCAGUGGUUUGGAGCCUCUGUGAGAUCUAAAACUGAUAAAAUUCUGGCCUGUGCUCCACUCUACCACUGGAGAACUGAAACAAAACAAGAGAGAGAGCCUGUAGGAACUUGUUACCUGCUUGCUGGAUCUAAAUCUGUGGAAUAUGCACCCUGCAGGUCAACCACUAUUGAUGCUGAUGGACAGGGAUUUUGUCAAGGUGGAUUUAGUAUUGACUUUACAAAGGGAGACAGAGUGCUGCUUGGAGGACCUGGAAGUUUUUACUGGCAAGGCCAACUUAUUUCUGAUCGAGUAACAGAGAUUGUGGCUAAAUAUGACUCCAAAGUCUACAGUGCAAAGUAUGAUGACCAGUUAGCAACCAGACCUGCCAGUGCUGCUUUUGAUGACAGCUACUUGGGUUAUUCGGUGACUGUUGGAGACUUCAAUAGUGAUGGCAUAGAAGACUUUGUAUCAGGAGUCCCAAGAGCAGCAAGAACUCUAGGCAUGGUGUCUAUUUAUAAUGGGAAAAACAUGUCUUCUAUGUACAACUUCACUGGAGAGCAGAUGGCUGCUUAUUUUGGGUAUUCAGUUGCUGCCACAGAUAUCAAUAGGGACAAUUAUACAGAUUUGUUUAUUGGAGCCCCUCUUUUUAUGGAUCGAAGUUCUGAUGGGAAACUUCAAGAAGUCGGCCAAGUUUCCAUUUGCCUUCAACGAGCCUCUGGAGGGUUUCACAUCACAAAACUGAAUGGUUUUGAGAUAUUUGCAAGAUUCAGCAGUUCUAUUGCACCUCUGGGGGAUCUAGAUCAGGAUGGCUUCAAUGAUAUUGCAGUUGCUGCACCAUAUGGUGGAGAGGGCAAGAGAGGACUUGUCUAUAUCUACAAUGGAAGAGCAAAUGGUUUGAAUGCAGUCCCAUCUCAGAUUCUUGAAGGGCAGUGGGCUGCUCGAACUAUGCCACCGAGUUUUGGGUACUCGCUGAAAGGAGCUACAGAUGUGGACAAAAAUGGAUACCCAGAUUUGAUUGUUGGAGCCUUUGGUGUUGACAGAGCUGUUUUGUAUAGGGCUAGACCAGUUAUUAGAGUAAAUGCUGCCCUGGAAGUUAAUCCAACCAUUCUAAACCCAGAGAACAAAGCCUGUUCACUGUCAGAUGUAAAGGUUUCUUGCUUCAAAGUAAAGUUUUGCUUAAAAGCAGAUGGCAAAGGAAAGCUCCCUAAUUCACUCAAUUUCCAAGUGGAGCUGCUGUUGGAUAAACUUAAGCAGAAAGGAGCUAUAAGGAGAGCUCUCUUUCUUCACAGUAAACAGCCUAGCCACUCUAAGAACAUGACUAUUACCAAGGGGGGGAAAAUGAAUUGUGAAGAACUCGAUGCCUUUUUGAGGGAUGAAUCUGAAUUUAGAGACAAACUAACUCCCAUUACUAUCUUUAUGGAAUAUCGUCUGGAUUACAGAACAGCUGCAGAUGCAACAGGAUUGCAGCCUAUCCUCAACCAGUUCACUCCAGCUAAUAUGAGCAGACAGGCACAUAUUCUGCUGGAUUGUGGUGAUGAUAAUGUCUGCAAACCAAAGCUGAAGGUUUCAGUAGAAAGUGAUCAGAAGCAGAUCUAUAUUGGUGAUGACAAUCCUUUGACAUUAAUUGUCAGUGCUCAGAAUCUAGGAGAAGGAGCCUAUGAAGCCGAGCUCUUUGUCAUUGUUCCACCGCAAGCAGAUUUCAUUGGUGUUGUUCGUAACAACGAGGCUUUAGCAAGACUGUCUUGUGCAUUUAAAACAGAGAAUCAAACUCGCAUGGUAGUUUGUGACCUGGGAAAUCCCAUGAAAGCAGGAAUUAAGCUAUUAGCUGGCCUGCGUUUCAGUGUGCACCAGCAGUCUGAAAUGGAUACCUCUGUGAAGUUUGACUUGCAAAUUCGAAGUUCCAACCUGUACGAUAAUCUAAGUCCAGUAGCAUUCUAUCAGGCUGACCUUGCUAUUUUAGCAGCUGUUGAAAUUAGAGGUGUAUCGUCUCCUGAUCACAUAUUCCUUCCUGUUGCAAACUGGCAGCCAAAAGAGAAUCCAGAAACAGAAGAUGAUAUUGGGCCUCUAGUGCAGCAUAUCUAUGAGCUAAGAAACAAUGGUCCAAGUGCAUUCAGCAAGGUGAUGAUGACUCUGCAGUGGCCUUACAAAUACAAAAACUACACAUUGCUGUAUAUUGUUCAGUAUGAAAUUGAUGGUCCCAUGAACUGCACUUCUGAUAUGGAAAUCAAUCCAUUAAAAAUUAAGGUUUCUGCUUCUAAAGAUGAUGAUAAGAAUGAAACACUUAGCAGGGAAGAUAAUCGCCAUCAUCGUAUCAGUCGAAGGGAUAUAACUGCCAUUGAAGGAGAUGUGCAUACUUUGGGCUGUGGAACUGCUGAUUGUUUAAAGAUAGUCUGUCAAGUUGGCCACCUGGAAAGGGGAAAGAGUGCAAUAUUGUAUUUAAAAUCACGCCUUUGGACCCAAACUUUCAUGAAUAAAGAAAAUCAGAAUCACUCCUAUUCUCUCAAAUCUUCUGCUUCUUUCAAUGUUAUAGAAUUUCCUUAUAAGAACCUUUCCUUUGAAGAUGUCCACAAUUCUACAGUAGUUACUACAAACAUUACAUGGGGUAUUCAACCACAGUCUAUGCCUGUGCCAGUGUGGGUUAUAAUUUUGGCUGUCGUAGCAGGAUUAUUGCUCUUGGCUGUUCUAGUAUUUGUUAUGUACAGGAUGGGCUUUUUCAAACGCGUGAGACCACCUCAGGAAGAGCAAGAAAGAGAACAACUGCAACCACAUGAAAAUGGGGAAGGAACAUCAGAAGCUUAAGAAGAGUUUUAUCUCUAAAGAGGCACAUACUAACUUGCGUCUAAAAAAAUGGGAAUCAUAGGCAAGAAAGAAGAUCUAGUCACAAAUUAUACUGUGUCACAAGAAGACUUAUUUCCUACAAAAAAUUGUAUAUUGAAAGUAAGUAUUUCUUAUUUUAUACCUGCCACAUCACUGCAGAAAUAGUGAAUUUUUGUCCUUUGGUUAGGAAAAUUCUCAGGAGGGUGGUGCUUCUUGUUGUAUUAUUAGACCAAUUUUACUUUAGUAUUAUGUUCUUCUUGUUUAACAAUCAUACUGAUCUUUGUGAGUGGGUAACAGUAAGUAUUUUGUGUCGCAAUAAAGACAUGCUCAUUUUAUAUUGCUAGAACACUUACUUAGAAAUAAAUGUUGUGCUAGUGAACCCUUUAGAAAAAUCUCUGAACUACCGAGUUCCCUGGAUUGCUAGUAGAGAAUUUGUUAACCUAAAGAAAAUAAUAAAAAAGGACACUACAAAGAAGAAAAACUGAUACUUGUGUUUUAAUUAACAGCUUCCAGUGGCCUUAGAGUAGCUACACCCAAUGUACAUAAGGAAACAUUACAGCCGUAUUGAAAACAUGAUUCUUGUCAUGUGUUCAGUAUACACAGACCUCGUUUUUGUUAAAUAAAACACCUUCAGUUAGUUAUCAGCAUAGUGAUUGUUGUUUAGUAGUUCCAAAUUAACGCAUUAUUGAGAAAUUAGACAACAGCUGUCUCAUUACAGCAACAAGGCAAGAGUGUUUUUUCAAAUUCCCAUCUUAUGCCAUCACCUUCUUAAACAAAAUGAUGGUCCAUGUCUUGAGGUUACUUAGAACACAAAUCCACUGCUUCCACUUAAGUUAUGCUGCUUUAUGUUGCCUGGUUUUCUGACUCUUUGCAUAUACACAUAACAUUUUAUUGUAUGCUUUUAGUAAGUUAAUUACUAAUACAUUAAUACUUUGUUACAUUGUUCUUUGUUAAUAUGGUCAGUUCAAGUGACUAAGAACACUGAAAAAUUGAAAAUACUUCUUUUUUUAAAUAUAACACUCAAAUGUGAGAAGCAAAAAAAAAAGUCAAAUACCACAUUACUUUUUACAAUUUCACAUGCAGUCUGAACCUGUUACUGUUUUUCAGACAGUUUUUCAGAAUCUAUUUAUAUUUACAUUUUUGUGUCAUUUGUGUACAUGCUUUUCAGUCCCUGACAAAAUACCAGAUGCCAUGUUAUAUCUCUUCAGUGGCUGCUGCUGCUGUUUGUAAUUUGUUUGGAGUGAGCACUCUUUAAAGACUGCAGGAGUUACUGCUGGACAUACUUCCUCAAGUAAAUACUUGAGUAGUUGAUAUAAGUAACUUAUGAGCUUUCAUUCCUUUUCACAGAAAAUUUUGUCAAGAAAACAUACCACUGAUUAUGAUUUUUUUU